AUGGCCGGGGCGCUGCUGCGCGGGGUGCGGCGCUUCCCCUGGCUCUGCAACGUGCUGCUCUACGGGGGGCUGUUCGCGGCGGGGGACGCGGCGCAGCAGCGGCUGCGGGGACAGCCGCCCGACUGGGCGCAGACGCGGCGGGUGGCGCUGGUGGCCCUGGCCUUCCACGGCAACUUCAGCUACGUGUGGCUGCGGGCGCUGGAGCGGGCGCUGCCCGGCCGCCGCCCGGCCGCCGUGCUGGGCAAGGUGCUCUGCGAUCAGCUUCUGGGCGCGCCCGUCGCCGUCCUCGCUUUCUACACGGGUAUGAGCAUCCUUCAGAGGAAAGAGGACAUCUUUUCAGACUGUAAAAAGAAAUUUUGGAAUACAUAUAAGACAGGACUGAUGUACUGGCCUUUUGUGCAGCUAUCAAACUUCAUUUUGAUCCCAGUUCACCUGAGAACAGCUUACACUGGGCUGUGUGGCUUUGUCUGGGCUUCCUUCAUUUGCUUUUCCCAACAGAGUGGAGAUGGCACAGCAAAGUCAGCAUUUAUGUGGCUCCAAGGAGAGAAGGUCAAUGCAGAUGAAGAAUCAUCAGACAAAUAAGAACUUUACUUCUGAACACAUUCUAAAUUGCUAAAUUUGAUUUGUGAAAGUCAGUAAAUCACACUGCGGCCUCAUUGCUGUGUUUAAAAUAAGCAGUUAUCUCAAUAUUUGGUGGUUAGUAUAAGCAGUGGAACAGUUUGUCUUUGUGCCUGUUUAUUUUUCAUGAAAGAGGCCAGUUGUAUAUUGACAUUUAAUUAUUUUCAUGCUGUCAGCCCAUCUCAUCUGGGAAUAACUGACUUACAGGGCAAUGUAAGCAUUUGCACAUCAUGUCAGGAUGCAUCACUGGGGAGAAGUAUUAAUGGUAAUUUAAUUUUCAAGCAACUUGUAAUUGCUAGAAAAAGGGGAAUAGAACAUUAAAUCAUCAGUUGUUGGACUUGAUAAUUGUUAUAAAUGCAAGAUUACUUUGCAGAACAAAAUUUUAUGGAUUCCAUAUCUAAAAAGUGGCAUUGAACAUGUUUCAUUGAGAGGAAACAAAAGUACUGUGUUUGUAGAGCCCACUUUUCUAUGGGGCCAACUUGUUUUAUUCUGUGUGAAAAUUUAUAUAGGAAAUUAAUUAUUUCAUAGAACAUACAAACCUGAUUACUAUAUUUGUAUAUGUUUUAUCUUAGCUGGGAGAAUAAAGAUUACUUUGGUAAGAGUCCUUUGGGGUGGGUGCUGCCCAUUGACCCUUGGGGUCAGUCAUAAGCAGCUCCUGCACAGUGGAACCCCCCCAAACACUGCAGGGAGCAUUUGUUCUGUGUGCAGCCACUGCUUCCUUUGCUCCUCAAGGGCCAAAGGUACAUGGGGGUCUGGACUCCUCUGCUCUUUUUAGCUAUUUCAUCAUGCUGAAGAUAUAAUUAAAAUUUUGAAGAAAAAGAACGUGGGAAGGAAGGUAACAUGAAGGCAGAAUCCAGGUGUAUAUAUAUAUA